GACUGUUGAUUCCACUCUGGAUCUUUUGAAUCAUACAUCCUUCUGAAGAGGUAUCUGUCUUUUCAUCUAGACAUGUCUCGUCCCAUACUAUCUUCAGCCGUGCGGCGGCUAUCGCACCCCCGACCUGUCUGCACAGCAACGACAACCUCUCGCGCCCCGGGUAGACCGGUUUCCUGCUUCUCAGCAUCCUUCCUCGGUAAUAACGCCUCCAGUCGACGCUCAUAUUCCUUGCGCAUGAAUUCGAAGAAUAGCUUCACUGCUCGUCGCCAUGCCCUACCUCCCUCGACAGUUUUCCGCCAAUUCCGCGGCUUUUCCGCUUCGACCAUCCGACCCGCCACCAAAGUAGCCAUGAACCCGCGGAAAGAUGACGACGGGAAUACACUGAUGAUCGAUAUAUCCGAACGGGCCACGGAGCGUCUUCGUGAAAUAUCCGACCCCUCAUCCUCGCCCUCCGCAACGAAAGAAGAGAACCCGUACCACCACCUCCGAAUCACCGUCACAAGCGGAGGCUGCCACGGCUUCCAGUAUAUGAUGUCUCUGGAGCCCGAGUCCAAAAUCGACGCCGAGGAGGACACCGUAUUCGAAGCAGAGUCGUCCGCGGACGGCGGCCCCGGCGAGGCCAAAGUCGUCAUGGACGAGCCCUCGCUAGAGCUCUUGUCCGGAAGCACGGUCGACUACACCAUGGAACUCAUCGGCAGCCAGUUCACAAUUGUCAAUAACCCGCGCGCGACGAGCAACUGCGGCUGCGGAACCAGCUUCGAUGUGAAUGAUUGAUAUGUGACUGCGUCGGUUGCUGGGAUUAGAGACCUGGCUUGGCUUCUUGUAUAUCAUGUAACUCGGGAUUAAAUAUUGCAGGAUAGAAUAAUAUACUAUACCCCUCUUUUUCAG